AUGCUUGGGUUAGGCUCAUACGAAAGCAGCAGUGAGGAUGAGAGCACGAAAGACACAACUGGUGGUGUAAAGUCCGCACUGGCGGGUGACCACAAGAAACAGAGUGACAGCUUGCUUGAGGCAAAGACUCUCUCUAAAGAGCCGGUCGAGGAUACGCAGAAUGAAGUAACAGGAUGUAGCGUACCAUCUACCGAGCCUGUGGAUGAUUCUACCAAACCUAUAGUUGGGCCUUUACCACCACAAAUGCCUGAAGAAACCACGCAAUCCGACAAACCACCGUCUUUUAUUUCCAUUAGCGCACUACGACGAGACAUAAUGCUGCCUCCAUUUCCAAAUCUCGACAUCCCCCCGUCUCCUCCAGGGUCACCCAAUCCCGAAAUGAACAAGAAAUUCGAACAUUUCCUCUCCUUGAAGAAACAGGGCGUCCACUUUAACGAGAAGCUGGCUUCUUCUUCGUCACUGAAAAAUCCAAACCUACUUCAGAGCCUGAUGAAGCAUGCCGGGCUAGACGAAACGGCGCAAUAUGGUACUUCCUUGCCCGCGGAAAUAUGGAACGUUACGAGUCUCCCAUCAUGGGCCUACAAAGAUGAGCUGUCAAAGAGCCAGCAGACCAUACGUCGCAAGCUGGGAGAGAAGAAGACUGACCGUGAUGCAAUCGAAUUUGUCUCUGGGUCUGGGAACGGUACUCCCGCGAGUGGCAGAUUAAAGUCUAGCGCUGCUGAGCGGGUCAUGGCUGGUCUCAGUCGAGAACCAUCUCCGUUUAAGCUGGACCAGAGCAAGCGAAAUGAUCAGGAUAAACGACAGAGACGGGUAGAUCUGGAUUAUAGAAGACAUCGUUCGCGGUCACCGGGGAAAAGGAAACGAUCUAGGUCUCGAUAG